GAUAGUAUACAUCCAAUUCUUCACGUUUUUGUUUUGAAACGGAAUUGUGCAAUAUUUUGGCUAUAAAUUUACGUAUUUGCAUUCAAAAUUACAUAAAUAAAGUCCACAAAGAAAUGAGUGAAGGCAAGGAACAAAAGCCUGGCGAUGGCAUUCGCUCCAUGCGCAGCACGGGCGUCUUCCGUUUGAUCAACUUUGAGCUGUACACAAAGCCGAAUAUGAUAGUCAUGGGCCUAGGCCUGACGGCCAUAACCGGAGUCUUUGGAUACAUUGCCUACAUGCGGUACAAGUACCAAAGUCUGGGCUACUAUGUGGCCGUCAAGGAGGACGGACGGGAGGAGUUCAUCAAGAAGAAAUCAAAUUGGGAACUGUAGUAAUGUAUCUUUGUGGAAACUUCUUUAUUCGCUUGAUAGCACAAUUUGGUACAUAAAUUUAGUUGUUUUUGUGUAA